CGAAUUUUAGGCGCACUGGGAUGACCGCUUCCGGAAAUGACCGGAGCCAGGCGCGCUGCUAUAAUUGUUCAGCACAUGGCCAUUAUGCUUCAUCGUGUCCCGCACCUAAGCGGGAGAAGGGAUCGUGUUUCCAGUGUGGAUCCAUGCAGCACCAGGUGAAGGAUUGCCAACAGAAGCCUAUGUCAGCCCAGCGAUCCGUGGGUACAGCCAGCAACCCGCCGAUGGACGACAGAGAGGAGAACAAUAUUUUUGUUCCUAUUGUUAAUCAGCGCUAUUAAUUUGAUGCAGCGCUCGGCGAUACCUUAUGAAAAUUUUGAUGGUGUACUAAGACCGACAGAGUAUUUUGGAGUUAACGGUUCGAGAAUAAGCAUUUUUGGAAAAAUAAUUGUCAAUUUAGUUUUUCAUAACAUUGAAAAAGAA